GCGACCGCUGUAAACUGAGUGCGCUCAUCUGUCCUCUCCAACACCGGCGCGCCUUUCUCUGUCGGCAUACAAACUUUGAAACGGUGCGGAGAGAAAUGUGAAAGAAAAACGAUUAGAGGGAAAAAAGAAAGAAACAAGAAGAAACAGGACAGGGAAGAAAAUCAAGCACGAAAAAAAGCGGUGGAGCUGGGAGAAAGAGGGAGCUAUGCCCUCUCCCGCCGAGCAGAGCCCUGUCCUCCUCAGUUGUGUGUCGGAUCUACAGCAUGGUGUCUCUUUCUGGACUCUGGAGCCGCUGCCUCGCCCCGGGGAGAACCCGUCUCCUUUUCAUCUCUGUCAGAGUGCUUCUGCUGCUGCUUCUCCUUCUGUUGACCCCCUUCUCGUCUGCCGAAACCUGCUUCCCUCACCCUGCGCCCUGCCACAUACUGGCACGGAUCGGACACACCGUGCGCAUCGGUGCGCUCCUGCCAACCCGGCAGCCGGCGCGGAUACAGAACGCGCUCAACCGCGCCCUGGCGAGCAUCAGGCACCAGAGCGGCGGGACGGACUCCACCACCGUGUCCUCCCAGCCGGCCCCUCUGUUGCCCUACAACCUGACCCUGGAAAUGGUUGCGCGGUCCCCGUCGGGAUGGGACCCAGAGUCGCUGUCCCACAGCGCCUGUCAGGACCUGGUGAUCAGAGGUGUGACAGCCGUGCUCGCUUUUCCACGCUCCAGGGAGGAGCUGAUCCAGGUGGAGUUCCUAUCCUCUUUCCUGGAGAUCCCCUUCGUUUCCAUCCUGGAGGACACAGAACCACUUGUCACUAAGAAUCAGUAUCACCUUCAAAUGUCAGCUCGUGUUCCUCCAUCGACCCUCGGCAGCCUUCUGCUGGCAGUCCUACAGAAUGGAGAUGGGGACAAGGACAUAGGAAACCGCGGAGAAGGCAGGUGGGGAGGAGCAGCUGUGAUCUGCCCUGGAUGGGAUGAAGGCAGCGACAGCCUGCUGACUCACCUGCAGAGGCACAGUGGUCCUGCUUGGCAUUUGUGGGACAUCAUCAACUUGACUCGCAUCACAGGAGGUAGAGAUAGAAGGGGGGAGGCAAGAGAGGAGAGGAGGGAGGAUCAAAUGGAAGAAGAGGCUUUGAACAUCAUCUCUUCUAGUUUGUUGCGCUCCCCCUCACCGAUCUCCUCCGUGCUCCUCAUGGGAUCUGAUCCAGAGUGUCUCUCAUCUGUCCUGCGGGCCGCUCAGCGUCUUGCACCAUCACUUCCAGCACUGCAGUGGAUCAUGGGAUAUCCUUUAUCUCCUGAUUCACUGCACACCCUGGGAGGUCCCCUUGGUCUGUUGGCCUAUGGGGAGGUUGGACGCAAACCAAUAAGCUUCUACAUAAGGGAUGCUUUACAGCUGAUUGGAAGAGCAGUCACUGCAGCCACCAUGGUGAAGCCAGAGUUAGCUCUGGUUCAAAACUUAGUUAACUGCUUUGAACAACCAAACAAGCAUGAGCUACCUUCUUCUGGACAAUAUCUUUCCAGGUUUCUGUCCAACAUUUCCUUCACUGGCUCGACAGGACUGAUCCAAGUGGAUGCAUAUGUUUCUAGAGUCCUUUCCUCACAACUCUUCCAUGUAUGGAGUCUUAAAAGAGGAGCCCUGGGUCAACCAGCUUGGGUUACUGUAGGACAGUGGACCCGUGGACGACUGGAGCUGGAGGGCGGCAUUUUGGGAGGACUUGGUAACAGCCAGGGACAAGGUCUUGGAGCUGGAGUAAGAGGAGGGGACGGCCAGGGAGAUGGCUAUUUGGGAGGACUCUGGAGGCCAGGACUUUCCGUUGAGGGACACCGCCUCCGUGUGGUGACGUUGGUGGAACACCCAUUUGUCUUCACACGGGAGGUAGAUGAGGAUGGGUUGUGUCCAGCGGGUCAGCUUUGUCUGGAUCCUAGAACCAACCGAUCUGAUAUAAUCAAUGCUCUCUUUAACCAACUACACAACCCCAACUCUACAGUAAUGGACUGGGAAGGAAUCGACUUACCGGGAGACCUAAGGAAGUGCUGCUAUGGAUACUGCAUUGACUUGUUGGAAAAACUGGCAGAGGACAUGGGAUUUACCUUUGACCUUUAUAUUGUGGGAGAUGGAAAGUAUGGUGCGUUGAGUGGGACGGGACGCUGGACCGGCCUUGUGGGGGACCUCCUGAAUGGAACAGCUGACAUGGCGGUCACUUCUUUCUCCAUUAACUCUGCCAGAAGCAGAGUUAUAGAUUUCACCUCUCCCUUUUACUCCACCAGUCUGGGAAUUCUGGUUCGUAGCCGGGACACGGCAGCGCCUAUCGGUGCCUUCAUGUGGCCGCUCCACUGGUCCAUGUGGGUGGGCAUUUUUGUCACGUUGCACCUCACAGCACUCUUCCUCACCUUGUAUGAGUGGAACAGCCCAUUUGGCAUGACUCCCCAUGGCAGGAACAGGCUGCGUGUGUUCUCCUACUCAUCUGCCCUCAAUCUCUGCUACGCAAUACUCUUUGGACGCACCGUUGCCACCAAGACUCCUAAAUGUUGGACGGGACGUUUCUUGAUGAACCUUUGGGCUAUUUUCUGCUUACUGGUGCUGUCCAGCUAUACGGCCAAUCUUGCUGCUGUGAUGGUUGGAGAGAAAACAUUCGAACAGGUUUCAGGGAUUCACGACGACAAGCUGCACCAUCCCUCUCUGGGUUUUCGUUUUGGGACCGUAAGGGAGAGCAGUGCUGAGGAUUACAUGAAGAAGAGUUUCCCUGAGAUGCACGACUACAUGAGACGCUUUAACCAGCCCACAACCCCAGAGGGCGUGCACAUGUUGAAGACAGAUCCUCCAGCCCUGGAUGCAUUCAUCAUGGAUAAAGCCCUGCUUGACUUUGAGGUCUCCAUCGAUGCGGACUGCAAGCUGCUCACAGUGGGGAAGCCUUUUGCUAUAGAAGGCUAUGGCAUAGGCCUUCCCCAGGGCUCUCCUCUGACCCGUAAUGUGUCAGAGUUUGUGAGUCGCUACAAGUCUGACGGCUUUAUGGACAUGCUGCAUGAUAAAUGGUAUAAGGUUGUACCCUGCGGAAAAAGAGUCUUUGCAGUCACCGAGACUCUACAGAUGGGGAUCCAGCAUUUUUCAGGUCUGUUUGUGUUGCUGUGCAUGGGAGUAGGGGGAGCUCUGCUGACCUUGGCAGGUGAACACACCUUCUAUCACCUGGUGGUCCCCCGCCUCCGACGCUCAAACACCCUGCAGUACUGGCUGCACACCAGCCAGAAAAUCCACAGAGCGCUUAACACUACAUACGAGGAUGUCGGGAAGGAGCUGACCUGCCUUGACCAAAAGCCCUCCCCUUGUAUCUCAGAAAACUGCACCUUACACAGGAAGCAGCAGCAGCAACCUCCACCGUCACCUCCCACAUCCCUCCCUGCUUCCACAACAGCCGGUGAAACUGGAAGCUCCUCUCCAUCCCAUGAACAUAAAGAGAAACGUGUUCACUUUGACCUGGACACGCUUCACAGCUACCGCCUGCGCACACACACAGCAUCGGUGCGUGGCAGGCCAGGCAUGGUCGGCCGCCCUGGUCUUGGUCUUGGAGGGUUUGGGUUCGGCAGCUUUACCUCUCCUCCUCAGAUUAAUCUCCACGCCAAUGGAGGUCCAGUAUCGACCCUAGCUUCGACAGGUUUGCUGCUUUCUCCCCUAGGAAACAGGGCUACCCAGACAAGCCUGUGGGAGGGGGAACUCCAGGAGCUUCAAGUGAAGAUCGAAACCUUCCGCAACCAGCUCAGAGAAGCUCUGGCUCGAAGAGCUGAGAUCCAGACCAGCUUGGAAAGAGAAAGGAGUGGACUGGGGCGCAGGGAAACCAGUCUGGAAAGAGAAAGAGACAGGCAGAAGGUGCAGACUAUUCCUACAGACAGAAGUAGUUCUACUCAGUCCAGACUUCCUGAAAGAGACAGGACCAGUCAACUGCAAACCCUGAACAAUCAGCAGCUAGGGAGGCCUAACCAAACAGCUGCAGCUGCUACUGCUGGACUGGGACGAAGCAGCCAGUUAAACACUGUGAACAGUUUGGAGAGAGGAAGAGCCACUCAAUCCCGCCCCAGUGUUACUGUGACAGGAGAAAGGACUGUCCAGUCACGCACUUCUACUAGUUUGGAGCGAAGUCAAGUCAACCAACAAGGUGCUGGAAACAUAACUGUCCAAACGAGGAACACUUCUAGCCUUGACAGACAGAAGGCCAACCUUUCACGCACUCUGAACACUUUGGAGAGGACAAAAGCCAACCAGUCAAGUGUAAACAUCGGAACCUGAUUGGUUAUCUGAAGCCAUUUGGUGUGCAGGAAUUAGAACUAGUCAGGUGCUGUUAUCAUAGCUGCGGGAAGAAAGGUUGGAAUAGGUUCUAGUUAUUUUACUUUUUUGCCAUCUAGUACCUUUAUAGCUUAUUUUUUUCCUACUUUACCUUUUCAAGUAUAAAAGGAACCAUUGUCACAUGAUGAUUAAUACUGAUCCAGAGUCUGACCUGGAGGAUAUCUGUAUCAGAAACACCAACCAAAAUUUUAUUCACAUUCUGAAUUAGGAAAAUAGUCCAAUAGAAAGAUUUCAGAGCAAAUAUUUUGGUUUGGUUGGGAAACCAACAGUGGAGUUGAUCUCCAAGAUCAGGUAUCCCAUACCAUAUCCCUUAUUUUCUCAUAUUUAAUUGAUUUAAUCAUUAAACUUCAUUUUAAGAUAAAAAUUUGAAUUCUUUAUUGAGGAUAAACUGUCCGAACUGACCCAGUUUUAUGUAAA